AUGGCUAAAAAAUACAAGGGACCUGCUAUUGGAAUUGAUCUUGGCACAACCUAUUCCUGUGUUGCUGUAUGGCAGGAUCAAAAUAAUAGAGCUGAGAUCAUACACAAUGAUCAAGGAAACCGAACCACUCCUUCUUCUGUUGCUUUUACUAAUGAGCAAAGGUUGAUUGGUGAAGCUGCAAAAAAUCAGGCUGCUUCAAACCCAACCAACACUGUUUUUGAUGCAAAGAGAUUGAUUGGAAGGAAAUUUAGUGACUCGGUUAUUCAGAAUGACAUACAACUGUGGCCAUUUAAGGUUGUUGCUGGAAAUGAUGACAACCCUGAGAUCAUUGUUCAGUAUAAGGGUGAAGAAAAACGUCUUUGUGCUGAGGAAAUCUCAUCUAUGAUUCUUAUGAAUAUGCGUGACAUUGCAGAGAAAUUUUUGGAGUCACCUGUCAAGAAUGCAGUUGUUACCGUGCCUGCUUAUUUCAAUGAUUCUCAGCGGAAAGCAACAAAAGAUGCUGGUGCGAUUGCUGGAAUCAAUGUAAUGCGGAUAAUCAAUGAACCUACUGCGGCUGCGCUUGCAUAUGGCCUUCAAAAGAGAGCAAAUAAUGUUGGAAAACGAAAUGUGUUCAUCUUUGAUCUUGGUGGUGGCACUUUUGACGUGUCUAUCCUCACACUUGAAGAUGAUAGCUUUGAUGUGAAAGCCACUGCCGGAGAUACGCACCUUGGUGGAGAGGAUUUUGAUAAUAGAAUGGUUAACCACUUAGUGGAGGAGUUUAAGAGGAAAAUUAAAGGGGACAUUAGUGGAAACCCGAGAGCGCUUAGGAGGUUGCGGACUGCUUGUGAGAGGGCUAAAAGGACUUUGUCCUUUGAUACUGAGGCUGCAAUUGACAUAGAUGCUUUGUAUAAGGGAGUUGAUUUCCAUUCUAUAGUCACUAGGGCGAAAUUUGAACAACUCAACAUGGAUCUGUUUGAAAAGUGUUUGGAGAUUGUAAAGAGUUGUCUUACUGAUGCUAAGAUUGACAAAGGUAAUGUGGAUGAUGUUGUACUUGUUGGUGGAUCUUCGAGGAUUCCCAAAGUGCAGCAGCUAUUGAAGGACUUUUUUAAGGGUAAGGAUCUGUACAGUAGCAUCAACCCGGACGAGGCUGUUGCUUAUGGAGCAGCGGUUCAGGCUGCUUUACUCUGUAAAGGUAUUAAAAAUGUUCCGAACUUGGUGCUGCAAGAUGUUACUCCUUUGUCACUUGGUAAGUCAACUAUAGGAGAUGUCAUGAGUGUGGUGAUUCCCAAAAACACCUCAAUUCCGGUUAAGAAGAAAAGAGAAUAUUGUACAGUUGAAGAUAACCAGUCUUCGGUCCGUAUUAUGGUAUAUGAAGGUGAGAGAAUGGUUGCUAGUGAGAACAACUUACUUGGUUUGUUUGAUCUCUCAGUCCGUCCUGCACCUCGUAGACUUCCUAUCCAGGUAUGCUUUUCUAUAGAUGCUGAUGGAAUUUUAAACGUGUCUGCAGAGGAAGAAACAAGUGGUAAUAAAAAUGAUAUUACAAUAACUAAUGAAAAUGGAAGACUGUCUAGCGAAGAAAUAGAGAGAAUGAAAAAGGAAGCUGAGCACUUCAAGUCUGAAGAUAUGAAGCAUGUGAAGAAAGCUAAAGCAAUGCGUGCUUUGGAUGACUAUCUUUAUGACAUGAAGAAAGUAAUGAAGGAUAAUAGUGUAACUUCCAAGCUAACUGCUGUAGAGAAAGUGAAGAUCAAUUCCGCAAUGAUAAAGGGAGAAGAAUUGAUUGAUGACAAAGACCAAGAAACGUCGGUGUUUGUGGAUGUUCUCAGGGAGCUCGAGAGCAUCUUUGAAUCAGCUAUGAAAAAGAUCAACAAGAGUUAG